AAUAGUAAACUAAAUGUGGAGGAAGAGGAGGCGGCGUGUGUCGCUGUCAUCGCACUUCAGCGCUACUUGUGCGACCCAAGUGAAGGACAGCCGUGUGAGAGCUACAGCUACGACGUGACUGUCACCGACGGAGUGUGGCGUGCCAAAUGCUACCUUCACCCAAGUUUAAAUCACUUGGUUCACACCAAUAGCCUUAGAACAGGCUCAGACAUCAUCAUCGCGCAGUGCUCGUUCGUUUAUAACGAGCGGAGACUGGGUCACGGCUACAUCAGCAUCGAAAAAUUAAGGUGCAGCUCGGGUGAAUCCUCGCUGCUGUCUCACAUUCGGGAUGUGAGGACACUGCCUGUUCUGGUCAAAAGCGGCAUGGAGAGGAGCACCUUACUCCAAAGCGACGUACCCCUUGAGCUGAACCGCAAACACUACUUGUCUCUGUGGAACAAUGAGUAUCCAGAGGGGGACGUGUGGACCUCGGCGCCUCCCUCGUCGCGUGAUCCAGUGCUGGACGUGAACAGGAUCUCUCUUAUAAAUAACCUGGAGUCAGCAUUUAGGAGCACAUGCAAACCCCUCCCUCUUCUGGUGAAGAUAUUACAGAAAUCCAGAUUGAGAUAUUAUGGCAAGAUCGGAUCCAAGAUUGAUUUCCCCUACCAGGCAUACUUUGAAGUUGCAGACCAGAGCGGCAUCAUGUCUCUUGUGCUUUGGAAUGAGCUCUGUCCACAGUUUUACAACUCGCUCAAUGUUGGAACGGUGUUGUACAUCCAGAAUUAUGCUCUUAAGCAGAGUUAUUCAAAUCGUUCACGCCCACAAAUGGACCAUUAUGGAAUCAAGAUGUUCACCUCAAUUGAAAUCUGCCUGAACGCUCGCAACCCAACUUCAAUUAUCACAGUGGUGCCACCGAAGAAUGUUCAGCCUCAGUGGUCGUUGCCUGAUGUGUCCUACCGCUUUGCCACAAGAUCAGAUGUUGAAACGUUUCCCAACAACUCUGUGUGUGACAUCAUCGGUUUGGUGACAUUUGUUGGUCGUGUUGAAAGAGUAAAAAGGAAAGGCAACACAGGCCCCGAGAAGUACUGGUCUUUCCGCUGGGUCCACGCAGUGGAUGGCACAUCGGAGCAUCCUUUUGUCCUAGAAUUGUUUUCCUCCUCCCAGCCAGAAAUCUUUGGCAAUAUAUGGCCAAUGACUUACCUAGUCUGCACUCAGAUGCGAGUGUGUCAAGUGGAAGGAUCCUUGCCUUACCUCACCAGUAGCUGCGAGACAGAGAUGUUCAUUACAGGUUACCACAAGGGUCAACCAUACAAGAAUGACCCCACAGUGCAGAACCUCAUCCAGCGGAACAAGACUCUGAAGGACAACGUGGUCCUUCAGAAGGCGUAUAUUGGUGGCCAUUAUUGCUACCCUCAUGCCCCGUGCACAUUCACCCAGCCGGUGGGAGAGACCUCAGAUCAAGUUCCGCUUGUCGCUGCUUCUGACUUGAAAAAGGAGUUGGAGACCCUGCAAUAUAGAGAACAUAAAAAGCUUGCCAUUCAAGGUCAGAUCACGACGGUCAGAUAUGUGGAAAAGUCCAGCGUGUCUGAGCCACAAGGCCUAGGGGCGAAGGAGGUGCCAGGUGUGUCCACAGGGGACCAAGAUGUGUGCAAUGCAUCUUUGUCAGUCAACUCUGCGUCGGCCUCAUCUGAACAAACACCUGUGAAAAGGAAAAGGACGAUAAAGACAAGAAAUACAGAGCAGAGUUCAGCGAGCAGCGUGCCGGCAAAACGAGGAGCCAGAAAUACAGAAGUUGAAAGAGAGCCGCAGGAGAAUGAGGGAGAUCCGGGAACGCUUGAACAGAGUCCGCAACCCCAAAAUGAAGGCCUCAAUCUGCUAUCCUGGGAGAGCUGCGGGUGGUCAAGGCAAUGUCAGGAACUGUCUGUGCAUUUGCAUCACGGGACUCUUCAUCAGGACAGCAUUUCUCGAAGGUUCACCUUAGAAGAGAAGAAUGCCCUCCUUCGGUGGAGCAACCUUCAUCCCAUGCGCUGGACACCAGAGCAGUCAGCAGACACACUCCCAACCACUGUUUGCGCGGGAUACUAUCAGGUUACCAUACUUGGCAUAAACAAGCAAAUAGCUGUCGACGCAGUAUUUUUACCCAUUGAGCGUUCCGGUGAGCACAGAGCCGUCGGACUUCCUCCGGGUCGUCAUGAUGACACGAUGCUGUCUUGUCUCUCCUCUGGUUUCGUCUGCCCUCUGAGCGGUGUCCCCUCGAGCCGCAGUGAAGUGGCACACUACAGACCAGAGGACAUCAUGGCCACUGCCAGCGAGCUGGAAGACACGCAUUUGGUGUGUGUCUUGGACAUUUGUCACCUUGGUGGAGAGGAGGUGGAGGUACUGAUUAGCAAAGUAUACAAAGUGACUGAAGUUUCUGUUAAGUAGCAAUUUAAAAAGAGAGACUAUUCCAAAGGUACCUACCAAUAUUUUCCUUAUACAUUAAUGAUGUCUCGCAUGCACACACACACACACACA